AUGGCAGCCCUAAGGCCAUUAGAGUUAUCCAAGAAGAUAGUGCGUAACUUCAUUGGUCUGGCUAACACAGAUCCGUUGCCCCACCUUCCUAACCGAUCAUCCAUGACUGUUAUGCUAUGGAACUGUCGGGGAACCGGCAACAAAAUUUUUAGGAAAAACUUUAGAGAACUCGUUAGAGUUCAUCGGCCAAAUGUGGUUGCUCUUUUUGAAACCAAAGUCCCUUUCAGCUCAAUGGGUCUCUUCUUUAACCACUUGGGGUUUACUGCCUCUACCUUUGUUGAUCCUGUUAGACAAGUAGGAGGUAUAUGGUUGAUUUGUGACCCUACACAAGUCUCAGUCAGUGCCCAUAUUGCCAACUCUCAAGUUAUUCAGGCUACUGUGAAAAGAGAGAACUAUGAAGAGUGGGUGCUAGCUGUAGUCUAUGCUAGUCUAAAUCCUGUUAGGCGUCAAAAUCUCUGGAAUGACCUUGAAUCCUGUUGGACAAGUAGGAGAGAGAACUAUGAAGAGUGGGUGCUAGCUGUAGUCUAUGCUAGUCCAAAUCCUGGUAGGCGUCAAAAUCUCUGGAAUGACCUUGAAGACUUUUCAAACUCCAUGUUUAACCCUUGGCUUGUGGCGGGAGAUUUUAAUAAUGUCAUGGGGCAGAAUGAAAUGAGAAGUUUCACACAGAAUAAUCAACAUAACCGUUGCAGAAAGUUUCUCGAUAACAUUAACCAUUGUGGGCUUAUGAACCUAGGUUGCACGGGGCCGAAAUUUACUUGGUCAAACAACAGGCAGGGAUUGGCUAAUACUAUGGAAAGGUUGGAUCGAGCUCUGUGUAAUGCGGAAUGGAGGAUCAUCUUUCUCGAAGGAGCAGUCCAAAAUCUUCCUCGUACAUACUCGGAUCAUUCACCUCUUAUGGUCUACACUGAAGGUAUAACUAAACUCUCCCCUAUAAAUCGCCCUUUUCAUUUUGAAGCAGCUUGGUUAUCACAUCCUAGUUAUAAAGAUAUUGUCAAUUUGUCUUGGAAUCAUGAAUCUUUUCUUCAAGAGAACCUGAGUUCUCUUGCUACUAACUCUCUUGUUUGGAACAAAGAUGUGUUUGGAAAUAUUUUUAAAAGGAAAAGAUGGUUGUUAUCUCGAAUUGAGGGAAUCCAAAAAGCUCAACAUUUCUCCUCCUCUCAUAACCUCUUUUUGUUAGAGAAAGAUCUUAUCAGUCAAUAUAACAAAACUCUCUUUCAAGAAGAAGUUUUGUGGUUUCAAAAAUCUAGGGCUAAUUGGAUUACUCAAGAUCACAUCCAAAAUUAUUUCAUUUCUUUACUUAACAAUGAACCUGUUGAUGUCCUUGACCAUUGGUGUAAUAUUGCUACACAUAAAUUUUCACAUGAUGAGAAUAAAUUAUUGUUGAGAAACAUUACCAAAGAAGAGAUUUGGGAGGCCGUCAAGAAUAUUAAUUCGUUCAAGGCCCCAGGAAGAGAUGGGUUUCAAGCCAUAUUUUACCAAAAAUUUUGGGAUGUGAUUUCGACCAAUGUUUGUGGUUUCAUCAAAAACUGUUUUCAAGAGAAACAUAUACCUCCCGUUGUAAACCAAACCCUUAUUGCCCUCAUUCCCAAGACUAAUAUCCCUGAGAAUAUUACGCAGUUUCAUCCUAUUAGCAUGUGUAAUGUCUCGUACAAAAUUUUGUCUAAAUUAUUGGUUAACCGCAUACGCCCCCUCCUUAAUGAUCUUGUUAGCCCCAAUCAAAGUAGCUUCAUUCCUAAUAGAGCCACUCAUGACAAUAUCAUCAUUACACAACAGUUGAUUCAUACUCUUAGGCACAAGAAAGGGAAAUAUGGUGGUCUUGUUAUCAAAAUCGACCUUGAAAAGGUUUAUGACAAAUUAUCUUGGGAUUUUUUGAGAGCAACUCUUGAAGAGUUCAAUCUUAACCAACAUUGGAUAGAUCUUAUAAUGUCUUGUGUUGCUUUUGUCAGUUUCUCCAUUUUAUGGAAUGGGGAAACUAUGAACAAUUUCAGUCCUGGUAGAGGAUUGAGGCAAGGAGACCCGCUUUCACCAUAUUUGUUUGUGUUAUGCAUGGAAAGGUUGUCUAACAUGAUCAAAGUGCAGGUUGAGAAAGGAAAGUGGAAAGGGCUUAAAGCUUCUAAUAAUAGCCCUCCAGUCUUACAUUUGUUCUUUGCUGACGACCUCCUUCUUUUUGCGAAAGCUGACCAAUCAAAUUGUGAUAUAAUCAUGGAAACUAUGAGUGAGUUUUGUUGCAUAUCAAGGCAGAGAAUCAACCUGAAGAAAUCCAAGAUGUUCAUUUCCCCAAACGUCAAUAGGAAUUUAGCUAAGGAGCUUAGUCAAUAG